CCGAAGCGUGAACCAUUGUGAAGGCUGUUGGCUGUCAAGACGUUAGUUGGUAAUUGGAUUUUCUCUUGUGCUGCAAAGCACGGCUGCAAGCGUUAGGUCAGUUUUUUCUUGGAAGUUAAUUAAAGAACAGGUUUUUCACGAUGGAAUUAUCACUAGAUAAAGGAAUGGACAUAGAACCUACUAAAACAGCGACUGAGAUUCUGAAAGACAAAGGUUUGUUGGGAGCUGGUGACGGGGCAAAAGAUGCGAAAGAAGAAGAAGAGUUGAGGUUGUGGCAGGAGAAUAUUGCAGAUGAAAGAGCAGAGUGGGAUGCCCUGGAAGUAAUGAAGCAACCAUUAAGUGGGGUGGUAAAAGCAACUGAAGACAUUUUAUUCAGCGAAGCUUUGCAGUAUUUCCAAACCCAAAACCUCGAUACAACGAACAUCUGUACAAGAGUUCCGCGAAACAAGUUCUCUCAGAUCAUUCAAUUCAUGUUCGGACCAAGAAGACUUGUCAAGUCGCUUAACCACGAGAGAGAUCUGGUGUUCUGUAUUGCUAAAGUUACAUUAAACCACAACAUUGAGGUUCAUUAUCGAGUUUUACAAACUAUUUAUAAAAGAUUGUCGGGAUGUAAACAUAAUUGUCCCAAGAAUGGAAGUCACUGGGAGUCGAUUGGAUUUCAAGGUGACGAUCCGGCAACUGAUCUUCGAGGAGCCGGAUUUCUCGCUCUUCUUCAUCUUCUCUUCCUCGUCACUGAUAAGCCGGACAUCGCAAGUGAGAUCUUCCGCCUCUCUGUUCAUCCGGAGCAAAACUUCCCGUUUUGCCUCGUCUCCAUAAACGUGACCAGGAUCGCUUUAAAAGUUUUGCGGGAGGAAAAACUAACAAGGUUUUGCAACAAACGUAAGCAAGUUGUUGCAGUUAUGAAUGACUUUUAUCUCGCGAUAUUCUGGCAUUUCUACCAUGUAUGGAAGACACAACAUAAAACUAUGAAAGACUCCGGCCAUGUUUUAAAAGAAGCAGAAGUGGCAGCAUCCAAACAACCUGCUGUGAUGAUGAAACGAGCAAACAUGGCUUUCAGUAAACGACGUCCCGUCUUACCCCCGCUUCACACCACGAACCGACUUUCGGCGGCUUCAUCCGUGUCCGAUAUCUCAUUACAAUCGCCCGCUAUGACGUCACAGUCGCUUGACGUCGUCCUACAGCCAGUGGACCGUGACCGAUCAUUUUCACGGUCCAGUGACCCGAGGUUCAUGGGCAUACACGAACUGGACGAAGAAAAAAACCUCUCGUCUGCGAAAACGGAAGUCGAAUGACGUCAUUGAAUGACAUCAUCCGACGACCGUAUUUCUGUUCUUUAAUUUUUAGCGAAAUUUUGCUCAUUGUUACUUCUGAUUUUAAAUGUACAGCGCUUGAACUGUUUGUAUAUAUACGUAUCCUGAUCUAUCCUUGCUUUCGUUUCCGCUUGUUUCAUAUAACGCCGAUUCCGUGUGCUUAUGGUAGCAUCUUGUGCUUGUGUUACUUACCGCCCCUCUUUGCACUGCAGGUUAAUACCCACAGCAGUUUAACUGUGAUUUUUAAAUCUUCAACCGUCAGUAUAAACCCCUUGUUGCCACAGUUCAUUACAACUUCCUACCAACGCUCUUACACGCUUUUCCAAUAAACUUCUAGCUGAAUUAUGAA